AUGUUAAUCGUGGUUGGUACCCGGAAGCGCCCAGAUGGCAACCUGAAGGCGAUGUUUGUACUCCUGGAUCUCUGGAAGAAAGGCAUCCGAGACUGCUUUUUUGACGCAAAACUUUCUGAAAAACAGUUUGAGAAGGUAUCACAAAGGAUUGCGAAGAACUAUGAUCUCAUGGAAUCCACAGAACCGGGCGAUGACGAACUCCAAGAGCUCAUUCGCUUGCCAAAGGACACACUCGUUAUCGAAGCAAAUGCCGCAAUCCAUCUCGAUAAGGGUGUGAAAAUGGUUGAGCAUGAGGAAGCCUCCGGCGGAAAAGCUAUCGACAGUUUGAAAGGUGCGCGGGCAAUACACGAAAUUUAUAUCCCUAAAACAGGGAAGUGGUACCUCUGGGCUCGCGCCUUCUUUGAAUGGAGUAAAGACUCAUAUUGGAUCGGUAUGGAUGAUGCACUCGCAAAACCGUGGGAUAGGGACGGGGGGCCAGGUGCUAUUCGAAUUUGCCCCGAUCCGGAUGAUACUUCUAAGUGGCACCGCUGGUUAUGGAAUACCGGUCCGGACAGUGUUGUAAAUACCAAACAAGGAAUCAAGCCAGCUUUUUUCCAUAUUAAGCGGGCGGGUUACUACCGCCUCUGGUCAAAAGGCAGAGAAGCAGGUUCACGUUUAGACCAGAUUUUGCUUACACGUGCCCGCGGUUUCAACACGCAAACUGAGACUGAAGGGAAACCCCUCCCAAUUAAGCACGCACCGCACCCAUACGAACCCAUCUCCAUUCACGAAUGCCAAAAGCUAAUCCGCCAUGCUGUUCAGAUCGCAACUGCUGUUAACACUGAAAUACCUUGGGAAUUUAAAUACUGGCUUCAGGAUAUAUGGGGAGACAUCACGCAAUUCCCAGAAACAGAAGGUUCGCUCUAUAAAUGCCCGAAAUGUGGAACCGAUCUGCCGCGACAAGCCGUUGACCUCAUGAUACAACAUGCCCAAUCCGAUGAUAUCCAGUUCUACAUUUUAUGCAGGAAAUGCGGAGGGGAGUUUGAUUAA